UCGAGGAUGACUGAUGUAAUAGUGCACACUGCACAGUACAUGAAGCGGUAUGUCCAUGCAUGAUGCACAAUAUUCAAGUAAUCUUUCAUAUUACGAGUGGACAUGCAAUCAUCCGUGAUAUCGGCUACUUUUUUAGCCUAAUUGUGUUUAACAUUGCUUCCACUUUGUUUGUGACGUAAAUGACUGUGCAAUGGGCUCGUGAAUGUUCGAAUUGAACCACGCAAUUUCUACGAAUAUUUAUAUCAACAAUGGCUGGAACCACUUUACCCGAAAGGGUUGCACAGAUAUAUUAUACAUAUGGUCUCUUCUGUUCAUCAUAUCCCUUUGUGGCAAUAACAUUUGCACUCUCAGUUAUCCUAGUAUGUUGCUAUCCACUAUUAAAUGUUCCUCUACCAGGAAAUAUACCAACUGUUGUAAAUCUGAAUCGAAAUGACCAUCAUGUAGCAACUGACUGCAGUGCCAAGAACUGUCCUACAGGUUCAUCAUUCCAAUUAGAGUUAUUACAUAAUGAAACACAGAAGCUUCCAUAUGUGUGGGUAAAGGAUAAACCACUGCUAUACAUUCAUCAAAUCAUAAUGAGAAUAGGAGUGUCACCAUGGAACAAUAAUCUUAAAAUGUGGGAUGCAUUCAGAGCACCGCUGCAAGAAGUAUUUCGAUUACUGGAAACAGUUCGUAAUCAUGAAGACCCUGAAACAAAGGAAACACUGUUGCAGCACUGUUACCAAAUCGAAGGUAUUAAGCGCCGGGACAGCAAAGCGAGUAUCGAACGCGUCUUGCCGGAAUAUAGCUGUCUCCUUCUAUCUCCGGCAAAUCUCUGGCAACAAAGUCUACAAUCUUUCUCACUGGACGCUAAUAUUGUUAAUACAAUUUAUGCAUAUCAGAAUCUUCAAAAAGGCAAGGCGUCCAUAGCGGAAAUGGCUUUUGGUAUGCACCUGCGUGACGCGGGCAUCAAGCGGUAUCCGCUGCGUGUUCGCCCCCGAGUAUUACAAUACGCCGUCACAAUAUUCUACCGGCACGUCGACCAACGGUUUAUCGAUUCGCUUUCAAAGAAGCUUAAAGAAAUGUAUCCGUUAUACCAAGACACACCUCAAACGCACUCCGAAGAGGUUACCCUCGUGUACUACCCGGGACAGUUUAAUUACCACGAACUUGUACCUCUGAUGAUAACAUUUGUGGGCAUUUUUCUUUACGUUUACUUCUCGGUACGAAAGAUUGAAUUUAUAAAAUCCAAGUUCGGUCUCGCCGCCUGUGCUGUGCUCACGAUCGCUGGAAGCCUGUCGAUGUCAAUGGGAAUAUGUUUCUAUUUUGGAUUCUCGCUGAGCUUACAAGGAAAGGAAAUAUUCCCCUACUUAGUGAUAAUUGUCGGCCUUGAAAACGUACUUGUACUUACGAAGAGUGUUACAUCGACGGAUUCAAGACUCGACGUCAAGAUUCGACUCGCUCAAGGCUUAAGUAAAGAAGGAUGGUCGAUCACGAAAAACCUUUUAACGGAGAUAACAAUACUAACAGUCAGUUUCUUUACGUUUGUACCAUUUAUUCAGGAGGUUUCAAUAUUCAUGAUCGUCAGUCUCAUAUCGGACUAUUUCAUUCAAAUGGUAUUUUUUGCAACAAUACUCGGUAUAGAUGUGAGGCGGAUGGAAUUCUAUCCCGAACAGAAUUCAAAGUUACAUUUAAAGGAGUAUUUCAGUGCAAAUAACGCCCUCAAUUGGCGAUUUAAUAAGAUUUACACCGAUGAAAAUCAUUUUUCACCGCAAAGAAUGACCAAGUCUAAGUCUCACCCCAGACUUAAUGGCUUAGCUCAGAACAGUCCAACAGAUGUGGUAGCCAAAAGGAACUCUAGUUCGAGCGGUCAAGAUAACAGAGUACCAAAAAGAAUAAGGCUCGUCAACAUGUGGGCCAGGACGAGAUUUUUCCAACGAGCCCUCAUGGUUUGGAUGCUGGUGUGGAUAUCAAUGAUAGUGUACAAUUCUGGAAUCGUUGACUACUUUAUAACCACUGUUGAGAAAACAAACGGCAGUGCAGAGUAUCACAAACAAUUGAACGAGAGAAAUGAAUCAAAUAAGGAAUUGUAUAUGAUGUAUAAUAGCAGCGGCCGUCAUCCUUUGGUCUUUUCGCCGUUGUUAGAGCCUACAGAGUCAGAGAAGGGAAAUGCGCACGCUAAUGAUACCAUCUUAUUAAAGCAUUCGUCUCAUUACUGGGCUUUGUCCAGAUUAUCACCAUACCACUGGUCAGCGAUUCUAUCGCAGUACAAUGAGUCAGUGGCGGGGAGGUAUGUGGUGGUGCUACCGCCGGUUCUUGUAAGUCACCGCGUGGGACCAGAACUAGCGGCCGGGUUGCGCCACCCGGACGAACGAGACCCGCCGCCGCUCCGUUGGCAGGCAUUGGCAGCUGCACUCGACCCCAUUGAAAUAUUACCCGAGUUUGAUCUAAUCGACGGUAAAAGUCCGGCCCACCAAUGGGGAAAAGGAGGUGAUCUGCCGAUAUACCCGACUACUCCCAUGGAAAUCCUUCUAGUAGCGAUCCUUUGUAUAAUAAGUGUAACAGUUAUUGCAUAUAUGAUGGUUGGGCUUUACAGAUGUGUGUGCUCGCGGCAUUACGCAGAAUGGCGUGCUUCAUGGAGCGAAGACGACGAAUAUAAGAAGAUUAUAGCCAAGCAACCUGCCGUUCAAUUGGUAAUGGAAGCUGUGCCGCUAGUAGUCGCUGGUCAUAGCCAAGAAGUAGAAUGCGUUGUGACUGACGGCGAAAAGGUGGUCAGCUCGUGUCUACAGGGCAACAUCAAAGUGUGGGAUUCGUUGAAUGGUGAAUUAAUAUCGAAUAUAGAUCGUUACACUUACUUCAAAUAUCAAACCGAACUUUUUGAUAAAGUUCAUUCGAAACGAAACAACUCCAGUGAAGAACUUACAAUAGAAUCGUGUCAGUGCUCUGAUGAAGUCACUCUACAAACAAAUGAAAACGUUCCUCGACUCAGAAGAGGCCUGAGCAGUCACCUGAGUGGCUUAAAAUUUCGAGCUAAUCACGCGGACAACUCCUACCUUUCUGCAGCCGAGAACACUAAAUACGAGUUUGCUAAAGCAUACAGAGACCUCUAUUACACUGAACAAAGUGACAUAUACGAAGUGAACGAGAAAACGAAUUCGGAAGUAAAUAAUACGUGUAUAAACAAACAAGACUUAAAUGCGUCUUUUAAGGAUAGUGAUGUUAGUGAUGAAAGUGUUUUUAUUUUCGAUAGAAGUGAUGAUUCUAUAAAUAGUUUAAGAAAUAGAGGCGGCAGUAAAAUAAAUGCUAGAACUUGUAGUGAUGUGGAAAAUACAGCGAAUUCGAAUUGGAGGGGUAGGGCGAUGCGGGAAUCGCCCGUGUGGUGUAUGGACUUUUGCAAUGACCUCGUUAUCUUGGGGUGUGCUGAUGGAAGAUUGGAGUUUUGGGAAGCUAGUACUAGUAAAUUAAUGAAUGUGUGGUGGUUCAGCGAGUGGCGCUCAGGCGGGAGAGGAGUGACGCACGUGCGUGCGCUGUCGGGAGCGAGGCGCGUGUGUGCGGCGUCCCUCUCGGGUCACCUCACACUUUUGCGGCUCGACGCGUACAACGCACAGUCCGGUGCGCAUGUCGACUGGCGAUUCAGCACUGCACAUAGAAGAACACACAAGCGGACGGGCUCUGCGGAAUCAAUAAGGAGUGCACAUGGGCUAGAUGAUGAUCAUAAAGGGCGCAUGAGCUUCUCUUACGACGCAGACCACACUGAGAAUGAUGAGAUAGUAUGCGUCCAAAUCGCACAAUGUAGACCACACCAGCAACCAAUCACGGAGCUGCAUUCAGAGGGCGGUCGUAUCCUCACUGGUGGUCAGGACCAUGUACUCAAGGUAUUUUCAAGUUCAGAUUUGACGCCACUACUGACGCUGCACGGUCACUGCGGGCCUAUAACCAGCUGCUUCAUCGACCAUGCGACGCCCACCAUCGCGGGCAGUGGCUCGCAGGACGGACUGCUUUGCGUGUGGGACUUGCACACGGGGGCGUGCGUGUAUAGCAUGCAGGCGCACGACGGCGCGGUGACGUCACUUGCGUAUACUGCUUCGUACGUUGUAUCUGCGGGCGCGGACGAGCGUCUCUGCAUCUGGGACCGAUUCCAAGGACACAUGCUAAAUUCAAUACAUAUUGGACUUAACUAUAUGAGUCGAAUGCUGCCUCUUACCCACACUCUGCUCGUGAUGGGUGACCGCAGCGGCCUCACCGCUUACGACCUGAGCAGCGGUGACGUCAUAAGGAGAGUGCUAUUCGGUCAGAGUGACGGGUGCAUCUUCGUACGACAGAUACUGCCGCUUAAGGACGCAAUAGUGUGUGACUACGCGAACCAGCUGCGCAUAGUCCGGUUCCCGCUCGUUUCCAAACUUGACAUGAAAAAUGAAUAACCCUGGCCAUCGUAGGUCGAGUCUCUGUCUUACUAAGUGUCUUAAUAUAUAUAUAUAUAUAUAUAGCUUACACCGAGUGUAAAGUGAAGAGUUAAAAGUUAUUUUUGUUAGUAAGAUGAUUUUUAUAUGUGUGUGUACACACUAGUAAUAUAUUCGUCGUUUUGUGACCAUUCGACUUUUAGUCAAAUAAAACAAAGUGAAGUUAGGUGUUUAAAUUCUAUGUAAAUACUUAAAUAUUCCCUGCUUUAUAUGAACUGUGACUUUAUUGUAUAGGUUCGGGAUAUACUUAUGUACAAAUAUUAUAACUGUGCCCUUCGGAAUUUAGGCGGACAGAUUGUUAUGAUAACAUUUUAAAAAUUACCAAAUUAUAAGUUAACAGAAAUAUUUAUAUACAUUAACUAAUGUUACUUAAAAUUUAAAGUAUAAUAUAUUAAAAUUAAAAUAGAUUUAUAUAUAAUU